UUCACUUCUUUUAUCUUUUUUUAGUCCUUUAAUCUCAGAGUGGGUUCCUGUUACAAGUACCCACGUACAGCCUACCUGUUUUGUUGUACAGGGUACGUGGUUCCCAAAUACAUGUACACUGUACCACCUCAAAAGCAAACCCCCAAAUGUAAACCUGUGGAGUUUUACAGGGUCUCGGAUGAACACUUUAUAUACAGUGUUAUGAAUAUACCUGUCCGUCGGUGUAAAGACAAAAUCCAUCGUUAAAAUAAACCCAAAGAAGUUGAUGUGCUCUCAUGAAACGCAAAAAACCUGGAUCAGGCAUAAUUGCCAAUAAGAGAAAGUGCUUGCCAGAGUAACCUUUUGUCCCCAAUGCAUUAUGGAACUGAAUGGGUGCUUUAAAGAACACAAUAGAUGAGGCCGCACUCAUGUUUGACAUUUUAAAUAUUGAAACAGAUACAUUUACCUCCAUUUUUUAAGGGGAAUUAAGUGCGUGCGUCACAAACUGUGUGAAAAAAAAUUAUUCAGAGCAAACUAAUGAUUCAGUUUUGAUACUGAUAACAAUGUAAGCAGACACCGUGCAUAUCCCAUGCUCAGUUAGUUCUCGAAAGCAGACUGGGUGAUACAGAGACAAAAUGAAAUUCACCAGAGUCAUGAUAUUUGCCCUGACAGUGAUCAUUCUGGUGGUUGUAGCAGUGGGCAUGGACACCUGCCCUUCAUCAAUUACUGUACAGGCACCUUGUCCCCCAUCAUGGCAGUCAUGGCGACACUCUUGCUAUCGUUUCACUGAUGAGCCAGCUAACUGGGAUCAGUCCAAGUUGGCCUGUCAGACCAUGGGAGGCAAGAUGGCUGCCCCAUAUUCACAAGAGGAAAAUGAAGUCAUAGUGAGGAUGGCCCAAAGACAGAAUAUUAACCAUCUAUGGAUAGGAUGCAAUGACAGAGAGAAAGAAGGAACCUGGGUGUGUGAAGGACAAGGGAGGGGUGAGCCAUACUUCAACUGGCAGCCAGGAGAGCCAAAUGGUCAUGGUACUGAAAACUGUAUUGAAUUCUACCAACCAUAUUACGGAGGUGGUUCCUUAAAUGACAAUAAUUGUAACAUCUUAUUCAGAGCUAUCUGUGUACGCCUACGACGACAAACCAGCUGCCUGCAUUGUCCAAUUCAACCAGCAUGUGGUUAUCAACCACACCGAGCCCGUCACUACUGCUUUGCCACAGACACCGAUGGACAGCUUCUCAACUCUUGCCUCGUUGAUCACGUCAUCAGAAAGUUCGUUACCAUGAGCAACCCCAGCUGUACCUCGGCCUGCAUCAUAGAGCCUGCAUGUUUAUCCUUCAACAUCAAGUACAACGACGAAGGGCAGAAAAUCUGUCAACUCAACAAUGCAACUCACUGUGAUGAUCCUGAUAACUUUCAAGACAUCCGUUCUUUUUGCUUGUACGCUCAAGAGUGUGUCAACUAGCCGAGAACAAACAGGCAAGCUUUUCUCAAUCUUUGUGUACAAAACCUCAAUUGCACUACU